AGUGGGUUAGGAAGGGAGCUCGGGGCUGGGAGGCAGCACAGCAGCGCACUGGAGCAGGACCAUCCACUUGCGCAGCCCGGCGGCACAGGACUCGUACUGCUCCUUUUCCUGCGGCUUUUUCUUUUUUUUUUUUUAUUCCAUCACUCCAAACGGGUCGAUUUAAUUGUUGUUAUUUAUAAAUUAUUUUGUUACCUCACUUUUUCCUCUUGACUUUCUUUUUUUUUCCUCCGUGGUUUCAAUUGAAGCUUGUGCUAAGACUUUUUUUUUGGGGGGAAGCUUUAAAAAAGAAGGCAAGGAGGGGGGAAGAAGCCUGCAAGAGACUGAAAAGCACAAGAGAAAGUGGCAGCUAAGAAGGACUGUGAAAUCACCUCCCCUUUCCGGGGCUGUCGAUCAGAGCGAGAGUUGUACACUAUUAUUGUUGGUUUUCUUUCUACAUCUAUCCAUCCACAUACACCAGGCAGAGAGAGACAAGUACAGGCAGCGAAACUCGACGAGACCAGCCAUGGUAGCGAGGGCUCAGCCUGAUCGGAAACAAUUACCGCUGGUCCUACUGAGAUUGCUUUGCCUUCUCCCUACAGGGCUGCCAGUCCGCAGCGUGGAUUUUACCCGAGGUACCGAUAACAUCACCGUGAGGCAGGGGGACACAGCCAUCCUCAGGUGUUAUGUAGAAGACAGAAGCUCCAAGGUGGCCUGGUUAAACCGUUCCGGCAUCAUUUUUGCUGGAGAGGACAAGUGGUCCCUGGACCCUCGAGUAGAGCUGGAGAAGAGAAACCCUCUGGAAUACAGCCUGAGGAUCCAGAAAGUGGAUGUCUACGAUGAGGGGUCCUAUACGUGUUCAGUGCAGACACAGCAUCACCCCAAGACUUCCCAGGUUUACUUGAUCGUGCAAGUUCCACCAAAGAUCUCCAAUAUCUCCUCGGACAUCACCGUGAAUGAGGGCAGCAACGUAACCCUGGUUUGCAUGGCAAAUGGGCGUCCUGAGCCUGUCAUCACCUGGAGGCACCUCACCCCAACAGGCAGAGAGUUCGAAGGCGAGGAAGAGUAUCUGGAGAUCCUAGGGAUCACGCGAGAGCAAUCGGGCAAGUACGAAUGCAAAGCUGCCAACGAGGUUGCUUCAGCAGACGUCAAGCAAGUCCGGGUCACUGUGAACUACCCUCCCACCAUCACAGAGUCCAAGAGCAAUGAAGCGGCCACGGGACGACAAGCCUUACUCCGGUGCGAGGCAUCAGCAGUGCCCACACCUGAUUUCGAGUGGUACAGAGACGAUACCAGGAUAAACAGCGCCAACGGUCUGGAGAUAAAGAGCACGGGGACCCAGUCUCUGCUGAUGGUGGCCAACGUCACUGAGGAACACUAUGGGAACUACACCUGCGUGGCUGCCAACAAGCUGGGAGUCACAAAUGCCAGCCUAUACCUUUACAAGCGAGUUUUACCCACACUCCCCAAUCCUUUUCCAGGACCCGGCACAGGGAGAGUAGACAACGGCUCCAUGAGUCUGGCCGUCCCACUGUGGCUGCUGGCAGCGUCCCUGCUCUGCCUACUCAGCAAAUGUUAAUACAAAUCAGUAUUAAAAAUAAUAAUAAUAAUAAUUAAAAAAAAAAACCAACAACAACAACACGACAACAACAACACACAAAACAAAACGCGUUAUACAGGAGACAGAGCGAAGAGGGGAGAGAGAAAAGGGGGGGGGGGGGAGAGAGGACUGUUUCUUUCACAACUUUUGUGUGUUCAGGAGCGAAGAGGGGGGAGAGGAAAAAUCACAGCAAAGAAGACUCAGCAACAUUUAACCUGAAACCUGACAAGCCGGCUGUCAAGUCACCGACCGUCUAGGAGACAACACAAAGUGAGGCAGAGAGCAGGGCACCAGCAAGGAUCGUGUCGCCGGAGGAUGCUGCAAUGUGAAACAAUCCAACAACAACCCACAAAGCCAAUCGAACAGAAGAUCCCUUUUCUUUUCUCUUCUCCUCCCUCUUUUCCAUACUCCCUCACCUUCCUUCCUUCCUUCCUCUUUCUUUCUUUUGCGGAAAGAGGUCUAUGCUUCGGUGUCUACAGCCACUUCACUUUUUGGAUGCCCUGGGUCAUUUUUGUGAGCUGAUGCUCAGCUAGUUCAUACUUUUGAAAACAAAGAAAAAAUAAGAAAAAGUUAAAAAAAAAAAAAGCCACAAACCAGAGCAAAUCACCUGAAGCUCUCUGCACACUGGUGUCCUGUGUAAAACCCCUUCCUCUCCUCACUUCACCCUGUGCUCCUGCGCACCCAGCCCUUCCUAAAUGCCUUCUUUCCUGUCCCGUCCUUCAUGCACCAUCACGCUCGCUGGCCUGAACUAAAGCUGUGUCAACUCCACUGAAAACAUACUUUUCCUUUUAUUUUAAUCCUCUUCCUCUCCCCCCCCCCCAAUUCAACCAAGUGUCUUUCUCUUUCUCCCUUGUAUGCCUGCGUGCGUGCGUGCAUGCGUGUACAUGUGCCUCUCGCUCCCUCUUUUCCUUCUUUCUCUCUUUCUCUUGUUCUCUCCAAGCAUGCAAAAGGAACAGUCCAUGUGUACAUAUGCUCAUCCUGCUGUAGAUAAUGUCCUGCCUUGUAAGUGUGAGACAAGAUACUGAGAGAUGACUCGGGCAGAGAAGAGGGGUGAGGAGAGAAGGGCAGCUCCAACGCAGGUUCCCAUGGUGUCCCUUCUUAGCAUCCUCACUGGCUUUUUGACUCCCGGCCACCUUGCUUGCAAGAGUCAGUCUGCACCCUUGCUUAGCUUUGUUUUCUCUCCCACCUGCAACCUGCCUGGCUCUCAGCCUUCAAGUACCAGCAUAGCAGCUACACAUGAGUGCUUGCACACGCGCUUGGGAUGUGCACACACGUGCAUUUGUCCAAAUAAGCAGAAGAAACCAGGACUGGCCUGCAGCACAAGGGAGUACAGAGUAAAGCCACCCAGCCCUCCUGGGCAAGGGGAGGCUGGGACGGUGGAUGGAGCGGAGACCUUGGAGCAGCCAUUCCUUAGGUGUAACGUGUGCGUAGGAACGAUGCCUCAGCGUGAGAACCACAAUCUGGUCAUUCCUAACCAUUUUGGUAGUCAUGCAGAAAUAGAGCCGAUACCCUUC